CUCAGCUUUCAGGAACUUGGCUGCCCCUUGCUGAUUUGUUGGAGGCCUCCCUUGGGCGCCUGUUUCCCCUCCCCAGCCCCUCAGAGGCCUGCAUCUAGCCUUGCCCCUCUUGCUCCUGUCUCCCUGGGGCUUUCCAGCCCUCAGCUCGACUUUCUCCUUUGAGACCCUCUCAAGCUGGCUUGCUCUAGAAAACGGCCUGCUUGCCUCCUUAGAAAAGGACUUCUGUGUGGGGGCAGGUGUGGCUGAGUCCUCCAGCCCACCCCAAAAGGGCUCUUCCCAGUGGCAUCCUGGCCUCAGGCUUCGCUGGAGCAGGUCAGGCUGGCUGCACAGGAUGGCUCUUGCUCACCCGAGCCUCACAAAGAUAAUCGCUCAGGAAGUGUUUCAGCCAAUCCGCGGCGGCUUUACACUCCGAUUUGCCGGAGCAGCCAAUCGGGGAUGAGCUUUUAUUAGGCGGCCAGAUCAUCAGCCGAAGUGCCAAACCCUUUUUCUGUGAGAACUAGGAGCCUGUCCUCCAUGUUUUAUAAGUAUUGACAUUACACAGUUAACAAUGCAUCCACAGAGUCCCAAAUCUGCCAGCUCGUUCUCUCUUCCUAACUGGAAAAGUGGGACGGUUGCUUGAACGUAUGUUGGCUUGGCUGAGGAGGAAAUAAAAACUGAACAGGAGGUGGAAGAGGGAAUGGACAUUUCCACUCGCUCCAAAGAUCCUGGCUCUACAGAGCGAACGGCUCAGAAACGGAAGUUCCCCAGCCCUCCACAUUCCUCCAAUGGCCAUUCACCCCAAGACUCCUCCACAAGCCCCAUUAAAAAGAAAAAGAAACCCGGCUUACUGAACAGUAGCAAUAAGGAGCAGUCAGAGCUAAGACAUGGUCCGUUUUACUAUAUGAAGCAGCCACUCACCACAGACCCUGUUGAUGUUGUACCGCAGGACGGACGGAAUGACUUCUACUGCUGGGUUUGUCACCGGGAAGGACAAGUCCUUUGCUGUGAGCUCUGUCCCCGGGUUUAUCACGCUAAGUGUCUGAGACUGACAUCGGAACCAGAGGGGGACUGGUUUUGUCCUGAAUGUGAGAAGAUUACAGUAGCAGAAUGCAUCGAGACACAGAGCAAAGCCAUGACGAUGCUGACCAUUGAACAGCUGUCCUACCUGCUCAAGUUUGCCAUUCAGAAAAUGAAGCAGCCAGGGACAGACGCUUUCCAGAAGCCCGUUCCCUUGGAGCAGCAUCCCGACUAUGCAGAAUACAUUUUCCACCCCAUGGACCUUUGUACAUUGGAAAAGAAUGCAAAAAAGAAGAUGUACGGCUGCACAGAAGCCUUCCUGGCUGAUGCCAAGUGGAUCCUUCACAACUGCAUUAUUUAUAACGGGGGAAAUCACAAGUUGACACAAAUAGCAAAAGUCGUCAUCAAGAUUUGUGAGCAUGAGAUGAAUGAAAUUGAAGUAUGUCCAGAGUGCUAUCUUGCUGCUUGCCAAAAGCGAGACAACUGGUUCUGUGAACCCUGUAGCAAUCCGCACCCUCUGGUCUGGGCCAAACUGAAAGGGUUCCCAUUCUGGCCAGCGAAAGCUCUGAGGGACAAAGAUGGGCAGGUUGAUGCCCGUUUCUUUGGACAACAUGACAGAGCCUGGGUCCCCAUCAAUAAUUGCUACCUCAUGUCUAAAGAAAUCCCCUUUUCUGUGAAAAAGACUAAAAGUAUCUUCAACAGCGCCAUGCAAGAGAUGGAAGUUUACGUGGAGAAUAUACGGAGGAAGUUUGGGGUUUUUAAUUAUUCCCCGUUCAGGACGCCAUACACCCCCAAUAGCCAGUACCAAAUGCUGCUCGAUCCCAGCAACCCCAGCGCUGGCACUGCUAAGACAGACAAACAGGAGAAGGUGAAGCUCAAUUUUGACAUGACAGCAUCCCCCAAGAUCCUCCUGAGCAAGCCCCUUCUGAGCGGGGGCGCAGGCCGCAGGAUCUCCCUGUCCGACAUGCCACGCUCCCCAACCAGUACGAACUCUUCCGUGCACACGGGCUCCGACUUGGAGCAGGACCCCGAGAAGAAGGCCCCAUCCAGCCACUUCAGCGCAAGUGAAGAGUCCAUGGACUUCCUUGAUAAGAGCACAGCUUCCCCAGCCUCCACAAAGACGGGGCAAGCAGGGAGUCUGUCUGGCAGCCCGAAGCCUUUCUCUCCGCAAGCACCAACACCCAUCAUGACGAAGACAGACAAGACCUCUACCACUGGGAGCAUCUUGAACCUGAACCUGGAUCGAAGCAAAGCUGAGAUGGACUUGAAGGAGCUAAGCGAGUCGGUCCAGCAGUCGGCCCCCGUCCCUCUCAUCUCUCCCAAGCGGCAGAUUCGGAGCCGGUUCCAGCUCAACCUGGACAAGACCAUAGAGAGCUGCAAAGCACAACUAGGCAUCAAUGAGAUCUCCGAGGACGUUUACACAGCCGUGGAGCACAGCGAUUCAGAGGACUCCGAAAAGUCAGAGAGCAGCGACAGUGAGUACGUCAGCGACGAGGAACAGAAGCCCAAGAAUGAGCCGGAGGACCCCGAAGAAAAAGAGGGGAGUCGGGUGGACAAAGACGCCCCUGCCGUUAAAAAAAAGCCCAAACCCACAAACCCGGUGGAGGUCAAAGAGGAAGCGAAAAGUAACUCGCCAGCCAGCGAGAAGGCAGAGCCUGCACCCGCCAAGGACAAGGCCAGCCCUGAGCCCGAGAAGGACUCAGAGAAAGCAAAGCCAUCGCCUCACCCUACAAAGGACAAGCUGAAGGGGAAAGAUGACACGGAUUCCCCCACAGUGCAUUUGGGCUUGGACUCAGACUCAGAGAGUGAACUUGUCAUAGACUUAGGAGAAGAUCCUUCUGGGCGGGAGGGUCGCAAAAACAAGAAGGAGCCCAAGGUACCAUCACCUAAGCAGGAUGGUAAACCGGCACAGUCUACCGCGGCUGGCAACCAGUCUCCCCCAGAGACGCCAGUGCUCACCCGCUCGGCCACCCAAGCACCCGCGGCUGGCGUCACUGUGGCCGCCACCACCAGCACAAUGUCUACCGUCACAGUCACAGCUCCAGCCACCGCCGUCACAGGAAGCCCAGUGAAGAAGCAGAGGCCGCUGUUACCGAAGGAGACUGCCCCGGCCGUGCAGCGGGUCGUGUGGAACUCAUCAAGUAAGUUUCAAACGUCCUCCCAAAGGUGGCAUAUGCAGAAGAUACAACGCCAGCAGCAGCAACAGCAGCAGCAACAGCAGAGCCAGCAGCAGAGCCAGCAGCAGCAACCUCACUCUUCCCAGGGGACAAGAUAUCAGACCAGACAGGCUGUGAAAGCUGUCCAGCAGAAGGAGGUCACCCAGAGCCCAUCGACUUCCACCAUCACGCUGGUGACCAGCACUCAGCCAGCAGCUCUGGUCAGCAGUUCCGGCUCCGCAAGCACCCUGGCGUCUGCCAUCAAUGCCGACCUGCCCAUCGCCACUGCCUCAGCCGACGUGGCCGCAGAUAUUGCCAAGUACACCAGCAAAAUGAUGGAUGCCAUAAAAGGGACAAUGACAGAAAUCUACAACGAUCUCUCCAAAAACACCACCGGAAGCACAAUAGCUGAGAUUCGAAGGCUGAGGAUCGAGAUUGAGAAGCUGCAGUGGCUGCACCAGCAGGAGCUUGCUGAGAUGAAGCACAACCUAGAGCUGACCAUGGCGGAGAUGCGGCAGAGCUUGGAGCAGGAGCGGGAUCGGCUCAUUGCCGAGGUGAAGAAGCAGCUGGAGCUGGAGAAACAGCAGGCAGUAGAUGAGACCAAGAAGAAGCAGUGGUGUGCCAACUGCAAGAAGGAGGCCAUCUUCUACUGCUGCUGGAACACUAGCUACUGCGACUACCCCUGCCAGCAGGCCCACUGGCCUGAGCACAUGAAGUCCUGUACCCAGUCAGCUACUGCCCCUCAGCAGGAAGCAGAUGCUGAGGCGAGCACAGACACAGGAAAUAAGUCAUCCCAGAGCAGCUCCUCCAAUGCACAGUCGACACCGUCAGAAACGACCAGUGCCUCCAAAGAGAAGGAGACAUCGGCGGAGAAGGGCAAGGAGAGCUCGACCCUGGAUCUUUCUGGCUCCAGAGAGACGCCCUCCUCCAUUCUCCUGGGUUCCAACCAAGGCUCUGUUAGCAAGAGGUGUGACAAGCAGCCUGCCUAUACCCCAACCACCACAGACCACCAGCCGCACCCCAACUACCCAGCCCAGAAGUACCAUUCCCGGAGCAGCAAGACCGGUUUGUGGAGCAGCAGUGAGGAGAAGCGAGGGUCAGCCCGCUCUGAGCACAGUGCAGGGACCAGCACGAAGAACCUCAUGCCCAAAGAGUCUCGGGAGUCUCGGUUAGACGCCUUCUGGGACUAGGGUGCAUUGUGAGCCAGGAUACCUCCCUGUGGGGGGACACCAACCCAAACAACAGGAAGCAACAGAAACUGGAGAACAGCCACCUUUCAAAUUCCCAACACUCAGGCUUUGCCCGUGGGCUUGGCUGCAGGGCAGCGACUUGACUCCAUCCCAGCAUGGGCCUCGGCUGGGACUGCUGGACCUUGUGAGCCCAAGACUUUAGGUGUAAGUAGGUACACUUUGUGACGUCACUGACCUAGCCUACCUUUUUCAUAUCUAUACUGACCUUAACUUAUAAGAAAAAAAAAAACAGAAAAACAAGUUAUAUAUAAAAGAAAUCUACAACGAAAAGAAUGUUUUUCUAAUCCAGAGGGCUGGCUAGUUAGCUCUCUGGUAUCACUGUGGUGUCAGGGCUGGGCCCGGGAAUGGCUAUUCUCACACAGGUCCUCCUCCUUGGAUAUCCAGGGGUUGGGGGGGUAGCCACUGCCGCUCUGCAGCACACCACGAUCGGGGCUCUCAGGCUGUGCUGUCCUGGACCCGCUACACCAAGCCAUCGGCCCCUCGCAGACCCUACAAGACGAUGUUAUGAAACACAAGCUCGCUGGGCUCGAAGGACACAGAGAGAAGAGUGUGUGUUUGUGAUUUCAGCUAUGGUUCCCCAAGGGGCAAAGCAGCCUGCUGUUUCUGCAAGGUCCCCAUGAGCAAUCCCUGCUCCAUCGUGGAUGCAGACAGCAUUCAUGUGGGGAUGCCCCUUCUUGCUGCCGAGUGCUUUCCAUAAACACACAGAUUCGUGAAGAGAUAACACGUCUCAUAGCAAGGACUCAAAAGCAAGGUGCACGGUGAGGACACGUGAGCCCGCGAAUGGAGCAUGUAUGUAUUAUUUAUAUGCUGGAGUUCUACGUUUUUAUGUAAGCAUGAAACACAGGCAGUGUGAGAGAAAGCCAGGACCAGUCAUGCUGUCCCGUUAACGCUACGUCUGCUGUAGGUUCCCAUUUUGUAUGUUGUGUAAAACGAGCAUCGAUCGAAGCAACAGGUGAUGUGUGUAUAUGAGAAAAAUUAAUUGUAUAUCAUUCCAGUACAUUCCGUUGUACAUUUUAGUCUUCGUUUACUUUCUCUUCAUUGUUGCUAAGAGAACGCAAGCUGUGCAUUGUCCAGCUAGUUUACCCCUACUAGAGAAGAAAGGAAGAAAUGCUGGAGGAGAGCAGGAGAGAAAGAACAUUCGUGAAUUGCAGUUGUCAAAAAACAAAACAAAAAAACAAACAAUCUAGCCUAGCUGGCCUUAUUUGGGAAGCGUAACUGCUUUUAGCAUAUGGGAGUAUUUUUUCACAUUUUCUUUGUAUAAAAUUUGUAUUAAACUUAAAUAUCUUUUUUGA